AUGAGCCGCGUCAGUAGCCGAUCAGGGGUCCGGCCGGCUUCGGCCGACCUCUCUGGCAGCAUCUACCUCAUCACCUCUGAUGGAAAGACACUCAAGCUACCCAUGGCGAGUAAAUCGCCCAACGACCCUUUGAACUGGAGCUUGCCGAAGCGACUUCUCGCCAUGGGCGUACUCAUGCUAUACUCUCUUGUUGCCAUGCUGGAGACGCAAGCUGCCAGUCUGAUGUACAAAUCUCUCGCUAUCGAAUUCAAUGGACAGCAAGCCGAUGAAUAUCCGUUGAAUAUUCUUGUUUCAACACCGAGCACACUAUCCCUCGGUCUCGGGGCAUUCCUCUGGAUACCCCUGUCGGUAGCCAUCGGGAGGCGGCCAGUCUUCUUGCUGGCUUCGUGCUGUCUGAUACUCGCCACGGCUUUAGCUGCGAAUGCCUCGGGUUACUACCAGCUCCUCGGGGCUUUGAGUUUGCAAGGGUUUUCCGCCGGAUUAAGCCUGAGUGCGUCGAUUCUGAUUGUCAUUGACCUGACCUUCAUUGACGAACGCCCAAAUGUUCUGGGCAUGUUCUGGAGUCUCGGGUGCGGCGUUGGCCUCGCGUCAUUGCCCAUCGUUCCAGCGCUCGCCACCUCCGGAUGGAGAAGCUUCUACUCCGCCUGGCUUUUCCCCUGCCUUGCCGUGUUCAUUUGCGUCUUCUUCUUCCUGCCCGAGACAUACUUUGUCCGACCGGCCGUUGCCUAUGACGGACACAUCCUCGUUCAAGGUGGUGCGGAAAAGGUCAAGAUUUACGACGACUGGGAAGAGCUGCCGGGCGGAAAAGUGAGUGAGGCAAUCCAGGCCGAAGCCGUUCCCGAGACGGUCUGGCAAGGCAUGGUACGACGAUGGGGAGUGCGCAGGAGCGGUGCAGGGUUCAGGGAGAUGUGGACGUGCUAUAUGCAGACGUUGCUCUGCGCGUGCAACCCCCUCGUUUUCUGGGUCGCAAUCCUUAACGCUCUCAACUUUGGCGCAAUGAUUUUCAUUGGCGAAACGUAUGCGGUGGUCAUGUCCCAGCCGCCGUACAACCUUCCCGAGCGUGUCAUCUCCAUGGUCAACCCUGUCUCGGCGAUUGGUUCCUUCCUGGCCUGGCCCGCGUCAACAAUCCUGACAUCGCGGGUUGCCCGCCGCAUGACACUCCGCAACGGUGGAAUCCGAGAUGCGGAACACUACCUCGUUGCCUUUCUCCCCGCCGUCCUGGCUGGUGCGGGCAGCGUCUUUCUGUACGGCCUCACCGUGCACUACAAAUGGAGCUUCAUCUGGAUCUUCGUCUCCUAUCUCCUCAGUUCAUUCAGCGGGGUUGCGUACGGCAUCGCCUCGACGCUCUGGGUCACGGAAGCGUUCCCUCGGUGGGCGGCGCCAGCCAUGAUCAUCGUCGGCGGAGCGGGGUACAUGUUGAGCUUUGCAACCAGCUCCGCUGUUACCCCGUGGCUCAGGUCACAGGGAUAUCUGGGUGCCAACUUCGAAUUGGGCGCCAUUCUCCUCGUCGUGGGAGGUAUUGCUGUGCCCCUUGCUUUCUGGGGAAAGAGUUUGCGACAGUACAUCGAUGGUCGAUGGGGUGUUUCGGAGGCUGGGGCUUUGCGUCCACAAUAA